AUGGUCGCCCAGUUUGCUGCCGAGCCAGGAUACUGGUCCGCGUUCGUUGAUAUUAGCGAGCGUGUGGAGGGACUGCCGGAGGCAUUGGACGAUGACGCUCGUUCUUCUUCGUCUGAAUCCUCCUCGGACGAAGAAGGUGCCGGUCCUUCCCGGAGGGCGGUUGCGGCACCAAUGGACCCUGAGUUCUUAAAAACAAUGACCAUCAGCAAUGAAUUCCACUCUGUUCCAGGCCUAGGGGAAGACAGUCUGCAGGUUGGGCAAACUUUCCCAGACAAGGACUCGGCUGACCAAGCAAUCAAGAGGUGGUCAAAUAAUGUAGCACACGGUUGCUACCCCGAAUACCACCAACAGUUUGAGGAGCUACAAGAGACCAUGGUUAAAUGGGACCCAUAUACGGAACAUGACGUGUACAUUGUCUGGGGUCUUGUUAAACCACCACCAGAUAUGCUGCGAGACAUACGGUUGUGGUUCACACGAUGCAACCUACUCUUUAUUUGGAUGGUUGAGCCAUACAACCCAGAGCGUGUCAUGCGGCAGUUUGGUAAGCAUCAGGAUAUUCCACCACCAUCACCAAGACGCCUUGUUGCUGAUGUUCAUUUACAAGACAAUAAAGGCUUGAGUUGUUUCGACUGGAGUCAGCAUAAUCAAACAUGGAUUACGAAAUGGAUUGAUGAAGCAGAGUCCGAUGGAGUACGCGAAAAUAGACGGUACAACGGUGAGAUACUGCCAACGUAUAAUGAAUGGUAUCGCGCUAGCACACGGACUCUCCUCACCGGUCCCCCACCAUCGAGUCCGACACACCUCACAUGGGCCUCAGCUUACCACCGUGACACUUCGGUUGACGAGUUCAGGCAGAUCGCACAGGACGCCCAGUACACUUUGAACUUGCGCAACAUGGAUAGUACGGAGGGAAAAUCCAUGGUAAAACGUAUUUUUAAUACUGCCAUUCAAGGGCUUAGGCGUCUUGGUUGCAGCCGCCAUGAUGAUGUUGUCAGUCGAGCAUUCAACAUGCCGGAGGCACCAUCGAACAGACCGAGUAUGGUACGUGUGAGCAAGCCAUCCGCCACACCGACCGUACCAGUUCCCUCUACCUCGCAUACAUCUAAUCCACGACGCGACUCAUCUCUACUUGAACGAUCACAGUCCGCACACAUAUCUCAACGCCAUGGUGCCACACAGGAGGACGAUCAUUUUCCGUCAUAUCCAUCUGGACAACGAUUCUCCUACACAGAAGGCGAAUACUCGCAAAGAUUCAACACUCAGGAAUCUGUUGACCCUACGUGGUCCAACAUGGGAGCUGGUUUAGGCCACAAUAUGCCUCCACUGCGUGGUCGUGACCACAUGCAAUCGCAAUACCCAACACAGGUUAAUUCAUGUUAAUUACAUACAUGAUUAUUGCGUGCAUGUU